GAAUUUUGUAUACAAUGGUUCAAGCAGACAUUGAUAAAGUUAGAAAAACCGAGCACUGUCAACGUCAAUAAGCUGUUACCAUAGAGCAAAUAUUCCGGGGACUAAGAAAUGUCUUAAAUGAAUAUGUUUUGUGGAAUGCGAAUGGAGAAUGGAAUGAGUAACGAAUGACUGAUUGUGAUUGUGUACAUAUGAAUUGAGAAUUAGUAAUUUGUGACGGACGACAGCUCAUCGUUUAUAUUAUUACCGUGUUAAAGCUAUUGUUUUAGUUUUAUAUAAUUUAAACAUCAGUGUAUUCAUUAUACUGAGUAGAACAAAAUGUGGGAUCCAACUCACGUUCAAGUAACCGUGCAAAAAGCUAGAGGAUUGUUAAUUAAGGGUAAAAACGGUACAAAUAACUGUUUUGUUACAAUCUCACUUGGUAAAGAAAAAUUUCAAACUUCCGUAAAACACAAAGCUACGGAGAAUGUUGAAUGGUUUGAAGAAUGUGAACUCCGCAUUCCGACUCAGGGAAAUACUGCAGAAAUUGUUCUUAAAGUCUACGACGAAGACCUAAUUAAGGAUCAUUUAUUAGGUCAGGUAUCGAUUCCCCUGAAAGACCUUGAUGUGUAUGAACGUCCCAAAAACCGCUGGUAUUCUUUACGAGGUAAAACAGGUAAAGAAAACGACAAAAACAGAGGUGACCUAGAAGUAAAAUUGGGUUUCACAGUUAAAGAAGGAAGUUUAACAGAUCUUAGUAAGAAGGAAAAACAUAAAUCAUCGUUAUCCAGUAUUGCCCAAAAUGUAGGUGGCAGUUUAAUGAGCAUUGGAAGCAUAGAAAAACGAAAAAGCAUUAAAAAAUUGGCAAAAAAUUUAGGCUCCAAAAUGAACCUUACUAAUAAAAAAGAUAAAAAGAGUGACUCAUCUUCUCUAGGAGGAAGUAUUGGAAACUUAAGAGGCUCCAUUCUUUCCACUCCUGAUACAUCCACUCCAAAAAGAUCUUCUGCAGAAGCCGAUCCAGGUGUAAUCAGUGAAGAUGAAGAUGAAUUUGCAUUUGAUGAUUUAUCUCAUAAAAGCUCCGGUAGUUCACUUAAUGUGCAAUCCUCAUAUUUACCCAGAGGAGUGAAAUACACACCAUCUCCAAUCAAUGCUUCUCUUGAAAAUUUAGGUGGUGGUGAAUUUUUACGAAGAUCUACCAGUAGUACUUUAGCAACAACAGAAAAAGCAGCUCCCCUUAAACCAGUCCGUCUGAGUCUGGACACAUUCCAUGCUCCACAAUUACCAAUACAAGUACCUGAUAAAGAUGAUGAAUGGUCCCAAAAAUUAUAUCCUAGAAAAUCUAUCAGUCAAACAAUGAUAGAUAGAGAGAAAUCAUCUAGUCUCGAGAGGAACAAAAAGCUUGAUAGUCCUAGUUCCUUAAAAGAAAAACCUAGUCCAAAGUUUUUCAAAAAAUUUGGAAACAACAAACCUAAAAAGUUACUUGAGGAGCGUAUUAUUGUAGGAGAAGAGAAUAUAGUUGAAGAGGAUUCCAUUAAUCCUGCAUACAAUAACAUACCAAAAACAAUCGUACAACAAUUUGAUGACAUGACCCGUGAGGAUUUAAUUGUUGCUAUUUACAACUUGCAGAAGGAUGUUGAAUCAGAAAAGAAGAAAAAUAAGGAUCUGGAAAAUUACUUAGAUGAUCUGUUGCUGAGGGUUAUGGAAACUACCCCAAGAAUUUUACAAAAUCCUUACGUCAGAAACAACAGCAUGCAUAUUAGAAACAAGUGAAAUUAAUAACUUAUCUAUCAUACUUCUUAAAAGACACUUUGAUUGCAUAUUAUUUUUAUCUUUAAUUACUCAAAAUGUAAGGGAUUUCUAACAAUCAGAUUGAGAUUAUUUAACUUUGAUAUAAAAUACUUCAAGAUAGGUAAUUGUAUAAUGUUAUAUUGAAAUUGAAAUAUGUCAAUUAUAUAUCUGCCUUCCAACAAUUACUGAAAAUCUACUGUCCUUGUAUGUGCCUUAAGUAUUUCUAAGAUUCUGUGAUAUGUAUUGUUUUUCCCCAUAGAAUUAAUAAUGUUCACAUGUUACAUUUGGAUGUGUACGGAAUACUUUCUAAACAGUUGCAGUUCAUAGUUUAUCAGUUAAUAUAUAUUUGUUUAAACAUUUUUGGAUCAAAUCAUUGAUUAACAUAAAUAGCAGAUUGUGUUUAAAAGCGAUGUGCCAAAGUACAUUACAUACAAGUCUGUUUAUGAAGUUUCAUGUUUCACUAAAAAACUAUUGUACCUUGAAAUAAAUCAGAGAUAUACUAUCAAUGAAAAUAUUAUCUACAAAAAUUAUUUAUGUAUACAAAGACGUUCACUGUUAACAUUGUUUUCAGAUAGUUUAAAGUUUGUAUAAACAGUCUUAGUAAAAUGCACCAUAUAUAUCACUUGUGCAAUACUUAAAGUUGUUAUAUUCAUAAAUUUGUUAAAGAAUAUAAAUAUAUCUUUAUAAAGACCGUGGAUGUUAUAUUUUUAUGCAAGCCUGUUGUAUAAUAAAAAAAUGUUAAUUAUUUCGUUACGCAAAAAUUGUUUUCAAUGUAUACAUGAAAAGGUAUGUAUAGUUUUAGAUUUGUAGGAAGAUAAACACCGAUGUAAUCAUAAUAUGAUAAUUUUAUUUCUACUAAAGUUGUUUAUGAAAGUGUAUUAAUAUUGUUGUGAACUAAAUUAUUUGUAUGCAAAUGAGUGGUUAUGGACAUUCGGAGUGAGUUACAUCUUUGAAGAGGUUGUUUUUUUGGUUAAGUUCUAUUCUAAAUUAAUAAGCAAUAUAACUAAUGUAGGAUCGUUACAUAUUUAAUAAUUAUAUUAAGUGUAUGGUAAUUAUUAAAUCGCUAACUAAUUUUCCUGUAGAGAACUACUCACUCUUUAUUGUAUUUAGGUAUCAUCUAAAAUGUUAAGAGAAAAGUAUGUUUAUUUCUACAUAUAUAGUAUGUAAUCUAACAAACAAAAUGCAUUAUAAAAUUUGAUUAAA